AUGUCCUCCCUACAAACCCAGAGCCUGAACGCCAUCCUCAACAAGGCCAUGAACAAGAACACCAACAUGACCUAUGACAAGGCCAUGAACAAGAGAAAAAAGGAACUGGAAAGACAGUCCAUUUUCUUCCACGAAAACCAAGACGAGAUUACCUUCUCGUACAUGAUGAGGAUAACCGAAUACGCGGACAAGAACAAGGACAACGACGAAGAUUUAUUCGAUGAAUCAUGUAACGGGCUCUUCGACAUCACCAUCAACAAGGCGAGAACAGGCAGAUACGACGAAAUCGACACUGAAGACGACGAUGAAGACGAAGAAGACAUCUACAGUUCCGCCGUGGAGUCCUUUAGUGGACGCCCAUCCUUGUGGUCAUCUGUCUGUCACACAGAUGAUGAGUAUUAUAACGGGUAUGAGAGGCCGAAGUAUAGGCAUCUUGAGCAUACUGUUGCGCGGAGGACAAGGGAUAGUGUUCAGGCUGAUGGAGAUGGAGAUGGGGAUGGGGAUAGGGAUAGGAAGAAGGUGAAUUGGGUGAGGAGGUUGUUGGAGCCUUUUAUUAGGGUUUAUUUCGAAGGCAUUCUUUGA